UUUCACUUCUGUUGUGUUUAUGUCAGCAUUGGAGUUGUUUUUAUUGGAGUUAAUUUUUUUUUUUUUUUAAGCCUUAAUUUUAAAAACCCAGUUUUUAUGUGUUUGGCAAAGUGUCUGAUUUCAGGAUUUCAGCAUGGCUGAGAGUAUCCUGAACACUCCUGACUUGAAGGAUCUAGAAGAAGAAGAACUGUGGGAUCUUAUCGACGAUAACCGCCAUGCCAUCUCUCUCGGCAUCCGUCCCUGUGUUCUCAUCCCUUACCUGCGCCAGGCACGUGUCCUCACAAACCUGGAUGAGGAUGAGAUUUUUACCAGUACCCGUUUCACCAACCGCUGCAUGAGAACCAGUCAUAUGCUUGACAUGUUACGUGUACAGGGUCGUAAUGGAGCAAUGGCUCUGCUCGAAAGUCUGAUGAUUCAUUACCCAACUCUCUACACACAGAUCACUGGCCGCGAGCCCAGCAUUGAGCCUUCAGGCUUCAGUGGCCUGAUAAAUUACACUGAGCUGACAGAGUACCUAGUUAGUGCGGUGAGCAGUAUGCAGGCAGAGCUACAAGUGGCACGGCAAGAGGCUUUGCGGCUGCGAGCUCGAUGCUGUGAGCUGGAGGGGAAACUUAAACAGGUCCAACAAAAUAACGAAGAGUUCAGCCAGAUGCAACAAGAGCAUGGACAACUGCGCAGUCACCUAGAUGGUUUAAACAGGGAACUGCUGAAACUGAAGGAUGAGAAAUGUGAUCUCUAUGUCAGAUAUACUUCAGUUCUUGAGGAGAAGUCUGCAACCAUCAUACGCAACAGAGACCUGCAACUGGAGAUUUACCAGCUGCAGUGUGAGUUAAGGAAGGCACAGAAAGAGACAGACUUCCAGAGCCAGCGUUCCUUAAAGAAUCCCAGUGACACACAAAAGCUCAAAGAUGAACUCAAAGCUGUACGCACAAAGCUACUGGAGACUGAGAUAUUCUCCCCGGUACAGCAGGAUAUCCUUGAGAAUGAUUUAAAGGAGACAGAGACCAGACGUUCAGAACUUGCUGAGGAUGUCACUAAACUAAGUGAGGAGAAUGAACGACUCCAGCAAGAGAAAGAGGAGCUCAUAGAAGAGAAGGACUAUUUAGCCCUGGAGGUGGAGAAGUUGACUGUGGACUGUGAGAUGUACAAGCAUAGGAGCACACUGUUCCAGAGUCAGCUAGAAGAGGUGCAGGCAGAGAGAGAUAAGGCAUAUUUGUCCCGUGAUGAGGCCCAGGUUCAGAUCGCACGGAGUCUUGCAGAGAAAGACAUGCUCAGAGGCCAACUACUGGAGCUACAGGAGAAGGUUUUCACCAUGAAAGCCUGUAGCAGGGAAAGAGAAAGAAGAGAAAAAUCCAGGGACAGGAAGAUCAGUUGCGAGAGCAGCGAGGACCCUCCUCCCAGCCCCUCUCACAGAAGACGGCUGUGUCGCUUGAAAGCAAUCCUUCCUGAGUCUUUCAGCUCAUUUGAGUUCAAUGAUGAAGUAAUCAACAGUAUCAAUUCCAAUCAAGUGGAGCCCCCCUGUUCUGAAUCCCUCCGUAGACGAGAGUUACACUUUCCAGAUGUGACACACUCCAGAAGUGACAUGGAAGACAUUUACAGCAGUCAGGAGCUGACUGAUGACUCUUUUGAUUAUGUUGUCAUUCCUACAGGAAAUAAUUUGAGCGAGUCAAAAUCAACCACAUCACUUCACAAGAGAAUCCCUACUGACAGCGUCUCAAGAGCAUCAGCUCCUCCCUUCCUAAUGCGCUCCAGACCUCAGGCCCUGCGUGUCACUGGUCGCGUACUCACUGUGGUUUUCCAAGGAGAAAUGCUAUUGAACCAACUACAGGUCAUUGGGGGUAAUAAGACCGGUGUGUUCGUGCAUCAUGUGACCGAAGGAUCAUCUGCUUAUACCAGUGGCAUCAGCUCUGGAACUCAGAUACUUCAGCUGAAGUAUGAGCAGGAGCAGAGAACUGUACAAAUGGUUCUGGAAGACACCACUAUGGAGGAGGCCCUGUGGGCCCUGGGGCAGGUCCAGGGACCAUGCCACAUUACACUGAGACCCAGCCAAGAUGCCUAUGAGAACCUUCUACAGCAGCUAAAAAAUGGAGAAGUGAUGUCGGGUGAUUCCUUCUACGUCCGUGUUAAUAUGACGUUGUCGGGCGAUGUAGCAGGAACUCUGCCGGUCAAGUGUAACGACAUUGUCCAUGUUACAAAAACUCACCAUUCCAAUGGUGGCUUCUGGUGGGCCAGUCAUGUGCACCCUUCUCACCUGGAAGACCUUCAGAGUGGGGCUCUACCCAACUAUUACAGAGCACAGAGGCUGUUAAUCAGAGCUAUAGAGGAUAUGACCUACCCUCGCAAAACUCACAGAAAGGAGAGAACUGCAGCAAAUGAGAAGCAGAGAGAGGUGAGAAUCGUCAGCACCUGUCAACAGAGCAGAAACCCUCUGUGGGUCAGUGUGGAAGACGACAACAGCACAUCACUGGACAGUUAUGGUUGUGUGCAGAGCAGAUGUGUGACUCUGAUGCCUUACACCCUGGUCACACCUCAGUUCCCUCCCAUCUGUCGCCCAGUCCUCCUCCUUCCCACAAUCUUUGGCCAUGUCUUGCACAAACGGUUGGCAGAACAGGAAGGUUAUCAGCUCUGUGAGCCAGAAUUGCUGAUGGCAAGUGAGCAUGCCGUAAAAAUGCAGAAGGGGGAAAUUCUUGAAGAAUGUGACCCGAAAACACACCGUUGCUAUACACUGCAGGGAGUGGAGAAGAUCAUGAAACGGGGCACUCACUGUGUGUUACCGCUGGGUUUGGACUGUGUGCGUCGUCUCCACCGUGCUGAAAUCUUCCCCAUCAUUGUCUUCAUCAUGUCUACAGAGAGAAGUCUCCGCAAAUUGAGACACAAACUACGGCAGAACUCUGUGACUGAGUCUCAGGUGCUGGAGUGUUCCUGCAAUGAGGAGCCCCUUCUGGAUAAACUACCCUGCCUUUAUCGAAGCAUUCCACCAGAGAGCUGGAAUGACAGUGCCAGCCUAGUGGACACUGUGAAAACUGUAGUGAGAGAGGAGCAGAAUAAUAUUGUGUGGGUUGAGGCAGAUCCCUGGUGAGGGACUAACGGGUGUGAGGGCAUAAAUUCAAGAUUCCCUCACUACAGGAAGCUAACUAUUAGUAUUAAGUUCAAUUUAUAAUUCUGCUUCAGACCUAUGCUAUAGACCCCGUGUAGCAAAGGUGGUUACGGUGUAGUUUGGUUACUUUCCAGAAAUGCUGUGAUUGGUCAGUUUUAUAACCACAGAACUUCCCCCAGGAUGAUGAAAAAAAAGUGCAUCCAUGGAUAAUGAAUAAUAGAGCCUGAUUGCUUGAUGGUUUUAAUGAAAGCAGUGAGGCUGAUUAAAACACAGCAUGUUAGUCAGA